CCCUCAGUGGCGCGGGUUAGCGAGUGUGGCCAACAUGGCGAGCCCGUCUCGGGAACAUAACGACAUGGACCCGCAGGUGAAGACUCGCUCAAUAGAGAAGACACUGCUACCCCUCGUAACCCAGAUCAGCACACUGGUGACGUCCCCGGGAGAGAGAGGCGGUGCGGGGUGCGACAAAACAGCUCGUGCCCUCUGUCGAGUGGGCCAGGCGGUGAACGUUGCUGUCGACCGCUUCGUCACCGUGGGGGAGACCAUCGCCGAUGACAACCCGGAGAUCAAGGUGGACAUGUACGAGGCCUGCAAGGAGGCCAGAGCAGCAGGUCUGGCCAUCGAGAAGCUGUGUGAGACAGCCGAGGCUAACUUUGUGGAGGGUGGGGCGGGCGGUGUGGGCGGAGGCAGCAGACCGGAGUACCGUGCCUCUAUGAUCCGCGCCGCCCGCUGCCUGCUCUCCUCGGUCACCCGCGUCCUCCUCCUGGCGGACACUGUCGUCGUCAAACAACUCCUCUUAGCCAAAGAUAAGGUGACCCACAGCUUGUCGAGGCUGGAGAGUGUAACCAACUUCACGGAGUUCGUCAAGGCAUUUAGUCACUUCGGAGCGGAGAUGGUGGAGUUGGCGCAUCUCACCGGCGACCGCGCAGCCGACAUGAAGGACGAGCGUAGACGGGCGCAGAUGGCGGCUGCGCGACAAGUACUUGACAGAUCUACCAUGAUGCUCCUCACAGCUUCCAAGGUGUGCCUGCGUCACCCCGAGUGCCUCACCUCCAGAGAGAACAGGGAUACUGUGUUCUGCCAGAUGCGACGAGCCAUGGACCUUAUACAUUACGUGGUCAAGGACGGCGUUUUGGAUUCGGUCAACGCGCAAGGCGAGUCUAGAGUCAACGGUCAGAGUCCGGCGGAGUCCCCAGGCACCCUCAGGGCGAGACAGGAGGACUGGGACAACAACCACACCAUGUACGGUGCCAUCCGUUACCUUGAAGACUCCGUGGAGAUGACGAGGAUGACGCUGUGUGGACCAGCUGUCAGGGACCGUCUUUGUCAGGCGGUGGACACAAUCUGUGAACGAAUGCAAGACUUCACGGACUCUGCCUACACCACACACGAGCACAGAGAAAAUAUUCUCCUCCUCACAGACAGGAUACGACUCCAAGUUAACCAGCUCUUAAGGGUUGGAGUCAAUCUGGAGCAGAAGGAGCCGCCCUCACCUGGGGACGAGUUGGAGACGGCCAUCAACACUGUUCUGGGCGCCACGACAGACAUGAAACACCAGCUUCAGACAACGGCUCUUGUGCAGGCAGAGGAGCUUGUGCGCGGGGCGUGCGCUGAGAGCGAGCUUAUCAGCGCCCUUAAGAACGCUGGCCUGGCUACUGAUCAGGAGAGACUAGACGAAUACGCCGACCGCUUCUUGGAACACAUAGAGCACAUUCAGGAGGUGUGUAAAUUGUUACGACACAUAGCUACGACAGAUUCCCUUCAAGUGGCUGCAAAAUAUGGAGAGAUCAAUCUUCGGAUCUAUGGCCCUCAGGUUGUAACUGCAGCUCAGACCCUAUGCUUAUAUCCUACUUCAAAGAUAGCCAAAGAAAAUGUUGAGGUAUUUGCCGACAUGUGGCUAAAUUUGGUGGGCGACGUCAAGAGCCUGACCAAGGACAUUGGGGACCAGAUCACAGCGGAAAACAAGCCAGCAGAGAAACAGGUGUACAUGUCCCUACCGCGCCCUGGGGUUCAACAGGCUGAAACAGGUUAUCUGACUUCCCCUCAGAAACACGGAACUACAAGUAAGCCGCCGAAACCCACCAAAUUGGACCAAGAGGAGCAGGCUAAACUAGCCAAGUCGGGCUUGGAUAUGAAACUUAUAUCAUCAGAAGUGGACCAAGAAACCGAGAAGUGGGAGGAGCGCAUCACUCAAGAUGAAGACAAUGAUAUUGUAAAGCGUGCCAAAAAUAUGUCUUCAAUGGCCUUCUCAAUGUAUCAGUUCACGCGAGGCGAGGGAGCCCUCAAGACUACACAGGACCUGUUCACACAGGGGGAAUAUUUUGCAGAAGAAGCCAACAGAUUAUACAAAGUUGUCAGACAGUUUUCUUAUCAGGUUCCGGCAGGGCCCCAUAAAAAGGAGCUAAUGGAGCACUUGGACCAAAUUCCAACUUACGUUCAACAGUUACAAUUUACAGUUAAAAACCCGACAGUCGGCAAGGCAGCCACCUUUACUAAAGUCGACAAUGUUAUACAGGAAACCAAAAAUUUAAUGAAUGUCAUAUCAAAGGUGGUCACAACUUGUUUCGUCUGCGCUACAAAGUAUGAGCUGCGUCUCCCUGAGCGACUGGAACUCCCAACAUUGGAUGAAGUUCGAGCAUCGAGUCAGGGCAACACUAUUGGCCAGGUACCUUCAACGCCACAUCCUCCGGUGUUACCAAUUUCGCCAAUACAUCCUACUCUAAUGUCGACCCUACCGCCAUCACAUUCUUCAGUGAUGAAUGCCACUGUUACACACAUGCAUCACCCACCCUCUCUUUCAUCACCUGAACACUUGACGCAGCUCUCAACUGCUGCACCAUCCUUUCAUCCCCAGCUGUCACCAAUAACAGCACUCCACCAACAGAUUAGCCCCUCCACACCAUACCCAUUUGUGUCACCAUUGUCACCUCUAUCGUCUUCUCUUUCUCCAUCAGUCAGCCCAAACACUACUGACUGGAUAAAAUAUUUAUCUCUACCCUCUUCUCCAUAUACGUCCCCAACACUUCAGUACCUGAAUCUCCAUCACUCUGCUCUGCAGUCUCGACAAUCCCCAGUACUGCAAUCAAUUCCUGUCAGUUAUGCAGAGUCAAAUAAUCCUGUUUAUAACCAGUGGGACUCCUCAUAUCCUGUUCCCAAUUUAAAAAGUGUUAGUAGUAAUUGUCAAGAUUAUUAUCAGAGCAGUAAUGCUCUCGGCAGACUUCAUCUUGGUAAACAUCAUAAUUCUGUAAGAUUUCAUAAUCAGUAUCCUAUUCUAAAUCAAAAUGUAUAUGAAUAGACAACAAAAAAUACAGGACUGCUUAAUUUAAUUUCUAUUAUUGGGACAAUUAAAUAUGAAUCUACAAUUGUAACACAAAUUGGCAACCUAUUUUUUGUUUAACCCAUUCAAACACCAAAUUCAUUAUACAGUACUAACAAAUCAUUCUUUAAGCAUCAAGUGCUACAUUUACCACAGAGACAAUAUCAUAAUAUAUUUCUACCUCAUCGCACAUUCAAAGCCAGUAGUUGUGAUUUUUCCAGGCUUAUUAGGAUUAGCAAUUUCCAGCAAGUGGUAUUUGGCAUAUAAGCAGUACCCUCAUAGUCAUGUUGAUAUUGUCUGGAUAGGGUAUUGGAUUCUAGGGACGUAGGUAGAAAUGUUACAAGGGGGAAACUAGUUUUCCCAUAAUCAUAUUACAGUAUAACAUUAAAAUAUUAGUUUUGGAUGAUAAUCCCCGGAUAGAAUAAUGCUCUCUUUGUAACAAAUAAUUCACGAUGGAGUCUGAUACUAGGUAGCUUGUUUGCAUUUGUUAUGUGAGUCAGAUUUAUUUUUAUACCUGUCUUGUCUUUAUCACUUGAAGCACAACAAUAAUAACUUGAUCACUUAUAAUGAUGACAAUUGUCCUUACACUUGUCCCACUUUAAAAGAAAUAAAAUAUCAGAGCAAUCUUU